GCAGGCCUGGGCGCGCGAGCCCCGCCAGCCUCGCGGGCCGCCCUGGGCUCCGGCCCCCGCCCCGCCCCCGCCUCGCGCGCCAACGCUUUCCCGUGCGGGCGCUGGCGGCCCGGGAGCGGUCAGGAUGCGGGGCAGCCCGGCGCCCAGCUCCGCGUCGUCGUCGGCGUCCGACCUGAGCCGCAGCCCUGCGCACAGCAGGUCGGACUUGCGGCCCGGGACGUCGGGCGACUACAGCCUGAGCGCCAGCCUCUCGGCCUGCACGCUGCUCUCCGAGGGGGCUGUGGAACCUAUGCAGAUUGAUGUCGAUCCCCAGGAAGACCCCCAGAACGCACCUGAUGUCAACUACGUGGUGGAGAACCCCACCUUGGACCUGGAGCAGUAUGCAGCCAGCUACAGCGGCCUGAUGCGCAUUGAGCGGCUGCAGUUCAUUGCUGACCGGUGUCCUCCACUGCGGGUCGAGGCCUUGAAAAUGGCCCUGUCCUUCGUACAGAGGACCUUCAAUGUGGAUAUGUAUGAAGAGAUCCACCGGAAGCUCUCUGAAGCUACCAGGUUAUCCUUCAGGGAGCUGCAGAACGCACCUGAUGCCGUUCCUGAGAGUGGAGUAGAGCCCCCACCCCUGGAUACAGCCUGGGUGGAGGCCACUCGGAAGAAGGCCCUGUUGAAACUGGAGAAGCUGGACACAGACUUGAAGAAUUACAAGGGCAACUCCAUCAAAGAGAGCAUCAGGCGCGGCCAUGACGACCUGGGUGAUCACUACCUGGACUGUGGGGACCUCAGCAAUGCCCUCAAAUGUUACUCACGAGCCCGGGAUUACUGUACCAGUGCUAAGCAUGUCAUCAACAUGUGCCUCAACGUCAUCAAGGUCAGUGUCUACUUGCAAAAUUGGUCUCAUGUGUUAAGCUAUGUCAGCAAGGCUGAGUCUACUCCAGAGAUUGCUGAGCAGCGUGGAGAGCGGGACAGCCAGACCCAGGCCAUCCUCACCAAGCUCAAGUGUGCUGCAGGCCUGGCUGAGCUGGCUGCACGAAAGUAUAAGCAAGCUGCGAAGUGCUUCCUUCUGGCUUCUUUUGAUCACUGCGACUUCCCAGAGCUGCUGUCCCCCAGCAAUGUGGCUGUCUAUGGUGGCCUGUGUGCCUUAGCCACUUUUGACCGUCAGGAGCUGCAACGCAAUGUCAUCUCCAGCAGCUCCUUCAAGCUGUUCCUGGAGCUGGAGCCACAGGUCAGAGACAUCAUCUUCAAAUUCUAUGAGUCCAAGUACGCCUCAUGCCUGAAGAUGUUGGACGAGAUGAAGGACAACCUGCUCUUGGACAUGUACCUGGCCCCCCAUGUCCGGACGCUGUAUACCCAGAUUCGCAACCGGGCUCUCAUCCAAUAUUUCAGCCCCUACGUGUCAGCUGAUAUGCACAAGAUGGCCGCAGCCUUCAACACUACAGUUGCGGCUCUGGAGGAUGAGCUAACACAGCUCAUCCUGGAAGGGCUCAUUAAUGCCCGCAUCGAUUCACACAGCAAGAUAUUGUAUGCUCGAGAUGUGGAUCAGCGCAGCACCACCUUUGAGAAGUCCCUGCUGAUGGGCAAGGAGUUCCAGCGACGUGCCAAGGCCAUGAUUCUGAGGGCAGCUGUGCUGCGCAACCAGAUCCAUGUCAAGUCUCCGCCUAGAGAAGGGAGCCAAGGGGAGCUGACUCCAGCCAACAGCCAGUCACGGAUGAGCACCAACAUGUGAAAGGCAUCCCCCACCUGACCCGCAGAGACCGGUUGCACUCCUGCCCAGCGCAUGGAAGCAGCACCUGGGCCUCUCGCCUGCUUUCCUCAGAGGAGGCUCCAGACUAUGUGUGGUUCAUUAGAGCAGCCUGGCCGCUUGGAUGUCAGUUCACUGGCCUUCCACUCUGAGGUUCUCUCUGCUGUGGUAGGCAAGCUGCCCGCUAUGGUCACUCAGGCCUGACUCUAGGUUUCUGUCCAGUGAAACAGACUGUGUGCAAUGCCCAGGUAGGGGACCCCGAAACCCUCCUGUCCGUGUAGUUCUGACUGCAGCAGUGUAGCCAUUAAAGUACAGAUUGACCACUG